GAUGACCAGAGACUGCAGACACAGUACAGGAGAUGACCAGAGACUGAGGACAGUACAGGAGAUGACCAGAGACUGCGGACACAGUACAGGGGAGAUGACUGCGGACAGACAGGAGAUGACCAGGACUGCGGACAGAGUACAGGAGAUGACCAGAGACUGCGGACACAGUACAGGGAAUGACCAGAGACUGUGGACAUAGUACAGGGAAAAUACUAGGGGACACAGUACAGAUGACCAGAGACUGCAGGCAGUGUAGGGGAUGACCAGAGACUGCGGACCUUUGGGGAG